AACCGUUGGUGAUUAUUUCAUCACCAAACAGAAGGUUGUCUGCAAAAGUAAACAAAAGUAACUCAAGGCUGCUGGAAAAUCUGCAUCUAAAAUGCAUGAAGAUCUCUAAUGAAGGUACUGGCUCAAGUUCAAAGACACAGCAAAGUCCCUUAAACACAACCAAAGUAUGCUAUAAUCAUUGGGCCAGCACUUGGAGAAUAGAGAAAUCUGCUUCACUGAGGAAGAAAAGCUGAUCUAGUAAUCUAAAUGGAUGCAAUACUGAAUUACAGAUCAGAAGAUACUGAAGAUUACUACGCCUUACUGGGAUGCGAUGAACUGUCUUCGGUUGAACAAAUCCUGGCUGAAUUUAAGGUCAGAGCUCUGGAAUGUCACCCUGACAAGCAUCCUGAAAACUCCAAAGCAGUGGAGACUUUUCAGAAAUUGCAGAAGGCAAAGGAAAUUCUCACUAAUGAAGAGAGUCGAGCUCGCUAUGACCACUGGCGAAGGAGCCAGAUCUCGAUGCCAUUCCAGCAGUGGGAAGCUUUGAGUGACUCUGUGAAAACGUCGAUGCACUGGGCUGUCAGAAGUAAAAAAGACUUGAUGCUGGAAGAAUCUGACCAGACUCAUACCAACAAGACUGAAAAUAAGGAAUUGAAGGAGCAAAGAGAAAUAAAGACAAAAAAGUUGGAUUCAACCAUGGAGAAAAGGGAGCAAAAAGAAUCUGAAUCCCUGGAGAAGUCACUUCUCCCACAAUGUUCAGAUUCUCCAAGUUUUUCGGAUGUGAACUGUGGACACCUUCGUUUCCGCUGGUCUGGGGAUGCUCCCUCAGAACUCCUGAGGAAAUUCAGAAACUAUGAAAUAUGAAAUGGCUCUGAGCCACAGAAGAAAGAGAACAAGAUAUCCCCUGUGCUGCCAACAUGUGGUCUUUGUUCCAGUCUUUAAAAUGUCAUGUUUAAAAUGUCAUGUUUAUAUGUAAUGAUUGUGAAUUACUGAGUAUCAAUUAAUUCCACCAUCCUUGAACCCAUUCUCACAAUGUGUUUCUUAAGUGAAAAUCAGGAGACAAGAUGGUUUCAAUAUUUGAAAAAAAAUUAAAACUUUCAGAUUCAGGAUAGACUGUAUUAUAUGUGCUUCCUGUUAAUGUUAUUUAUAGAAAUCUACUUAAAAAAAGCUAUGUCUGAAUUUAAAUAUUUCCUUGAUAUACCAUGAUCUCUAUUAGUGCUAGAUAUAUAAGGAAUAUUUUCUGAUUUUGGACUUAAAAGGUGGAAUUACUUGUCUGAACGCCAUAGAAUAAAGUAAAUAAAUUUUCCAACAUUUGUAAUGAAUUGAUAAUUCAACUGGAUUUAAAAAACAAUUUGAAUAGACAUUUCUACUUUAAUUUUAAUAAUGAUAAAAUUAAAAGCUUAUAAUUUAUUUGAGGAAAUUUUUUAAACAAGAUUUCUCUUGUUAUAUAAUGAGUAAUAAAAGUACAAAUUACAUUCUAACUAUGAAAAUGGACCUAUUAGAUCACAUUGCUUUUAGUUUGAAAUUACUUAUGAUCAUGUGUAGUAUAGUUUAUUUCUUAGUUUGAAAACAAGUGGAUGAAAAAUUAAAAAGAGAAAAAAUUUAUAGAGAGCAAGCGGUUCCUUAGUUGAUGACAAAAUGAGAAAAAUUAAAAUAUAGGUUUUUUUUUUAAAAGCUAAAUUAUACAUAAAUCAUGUCUUUCCCCCCUUUGUGGUUUAAAAUGUAUUCCUCUUAGGAAAUAGUAUCAUAGUAAAUCAUGUUAAUUUGACAGCUGUCAUAACAAAAAAGACUUCAACAACCUUUCUCAUAGUUCUGGAGUCCAGAAGUCCGAGAUCAAGUUGUGUGCAAGUUUGGUUUCUUCUAAGGACUCUUUGGCUUACUAGUAGCCACUUUCUCACUGUGUCCUUACAUGACUUUUCUCUGUGCACACAUACCCCUUUUGUCUCUACUCUUAUAAGGACAUCAGUCAUAGCCCUACCCUUACAACCUCCUUUUAACUCAGUCACUUCUUUAAAUAAAGAUCUUAUCUCCAACUAUAAUUACAAUCCGAGGUAUUGGAGGCUGGGACUUCAACAUAUGAAUCUUGAGAGAACCCAACCCACCCCAUAGCAUAGAUGAAAAAAAAUUUUUUUGAUGACUAUAAACCCUGUACUAGUUCCCUCCCUUGAUUGUAUUUGAUUUCAAUGUUUUGUCAAAUCCAGAAGGCAGGGUCAGUCAUUUAGAGAAUUAUUUCUACAAUAUGUUACCACUUCAGUAAAAUGUGAUUUGGCAUGUUACCUUAUCUGCAAAUUUUACUUCAAAAAUAGAAAAUAAAGACAAAAAAUAUGGUAUGUAAUAAAAUGAGC